AUGAUUAUGGAUUCGAAAGCUAUGUGUGUUUACGUUGGAUACGAGUCCGGAACAAUUUUACAUGUAAAUCUACUCCAAAGAUCAGCCGUAAAUCCUAGCAUGUCACUACGUUUAACACCGCCAUCCGGAAUAUAUACCCAAUGGGAUCAAAAACGAAAAGGAGCAGAAGUGUUUAGGGAGCAUAAUUUAACAGAGACUGGAGACUACGAAAUCUGCAUACUGGUCCCACGUCCGCUUCGUGUGACGCUCGUUUUAUUCGCUUUCCAUCCUAUCCGUUAUAGUAGAAGUAUUGAAGAAAGUUUUAAAACUAAGGAACUCACGGAAAAUUUCAUAGAUGCACACAACAAACUUAUGGACAAUCUCUUUCAUAUUAUCAUCAAUAUGAGAUAUUAUAUAACGGUUUCAGCCAGUGAUGAAAUGAUGCAGCAAGCAAACUCGUUUUAUAUUCAAGCGUAUGUGAUUGUUUUUUGUGCAGCUGCAAUUAUUGUGGCUAUGCUUCAAGCGCACAUCUUCGCUGCUAAGAUGUUGCUGUUCCUUUCAUUACUGUCACUGAUACUGUACGAAACCUAUCAAAUCUCAUCAUAUGCCAAUUAUCAACAAAUAAGUAUGGAUUUGGAUUCGAAAACGACAUGUGUUUAUUUCGAAUUCCAUAUCGGAACGAUAUUAUAUAUUAAUCUACUUCAAAGAUCAACUUUAAAUCCCAGCAUGUCAUUACGUUUAACAUCACCAUCUGGGAAUUUUUCUCAAUGGGAGCAACAACGAAGAGGAAGAGCGAAGGAGCAUGGAGUGACAGAGAACGGAGAUCACGAAAUCUGCAUAAUACUGGAACGUCCUCUUCGUGUGACGCUCAUUGUAUUCGUUUUCGAUCCUAUUAAAUAUAAUCAAAUAAUUGAAGAUAGCUUCAAAUCCAAGGAAUUAACGGAGAAUAUUGCUGAUGCACUCAAUGAAUUAUUGGAAAAUUUGCUUUAUAUUCUCAUUACAAUCAAGUAUUAUGUAAAGAUUUCGGCAAGUGAUGAAUUGAUCCAGCAUUCAAACUCCUUUUAUAUUCAAGCGUAUGUGAUUAUUUUUUGUAUAACAGCUAUCAUCGUUGCCAUAAUUCAAGUGAAUAUCGUGCACCGUAUGUUCGAGUCGAAAUCCACGAGAAAACGCACCUAG